AAGCUCGGCGUUCCAAUGGACGCCUACUCUCGACCAGUCUUCGAACGGGUUACGUCCCCUAACCCGUUUCUCUGGACCGCCAUGAUUCGUGGCUACUCUCUGCAAGAUGGUUGUCUUUCUCAAUCGGUCGGUUUUUAUUGUCGUAUGAGGAGGGCUGGUUCUAGGCCACUGUCGUUUACGUUUUCUGCGCUUUUCAAGACUUGUGGAGCUGUUAAGGAAAUGGGUUUAGGAAGACAGAUUCAUGCUCAGACGAUUUUGGUUGGUGGUUUUGUGUCUGAUUUGUAUGUGGGCAACACUUUGAUGGAUAUGUACGUGAAAUGCGGGGUUUUGGGAUGUGCACGUAGGGUGUUUGAUGAAAUGCCUGAGAGAGAUGUAGUUUCGUGGACGGAGUUGAUUGUUGCGCAUGCGAAGGGCGGGGAUAUGGAGUUGGCAGAGGACUUGUUUGGUGAGUUGCCGGUGAAGGAUAAGGUGGCCUGGACGGCUAUGGUUACCGGCUAUGCGCAGAAUGCUCGGCCGAGGGAGGCGUUGUACAUUUUCGAGCGGAUGAAGAAUGCGGGUGUGCUGACGGAUGAAGUGACUCUUAUUAGUGUUAUUUCGGCAUGUGCGCAAUUAGGGGUGUCUAGAUAUGCAAACUCGGUUCGAGUUGUUGCCGAAACGUCUGGAUUCGGGGCUUGUGAAAGUGUCCUUGUGGGAUCUGCAUUGGUGGACAUGUAUUCUAAGUGUGGAAGCGUAGACGUUGCUUUUGAGGUGUUUGAAAAAAUGAAGCAAAGAAACGUGUAUUCUUAUAGUUCAAUGAUUGCGGGGUUCGCAAUGCACGGCCGGGCUCAUGCCGCUAUUCAAUUGUUUCACGACAUGGUGAAAUUGGAGAUAAAGCCGAACCAUGUUACUUUUAUAGGCGUGCUCACGGCGUGUAGCCAUGCAAGUCUGGUAGAGCAAGGCCGACAGGUAUUUGCAUCCAUGGAAAAGCAUUAUGGCGUUGCUCCAUCUGUGGAGCACUACACCUGCAUUGUGGAUCUACUCGGCCGGGCUGGACGCUUGGAAGAAGCUCUCAAGGUCAUUGAAACAAUGCCAAUGGAGCCUAAUGGAGGUGUGUGGGGAGCAUUGCUUGGAGCUUGUCGCAGGCUUAAGAAUCCCAGCAUUGCUCGGCAUGCUGCUAACCAUCUCUUUGAGCUUGAGCCUAACGCGAUUGGAAACUACAUGUUGCUCUCCAACAUAUACGCGUCGGCGGGAAUGUGGGAUGGGGUUUCAGAGGUGAGGAAGUUGAUGAGAGAAAGGGGUUUGAAAAAGAAUCUCGGAUAUAGCUGGAUUGAAGCGGAGAACGGGGAAAUCCAUCAAUUCUCUUCUGGCGACACAAUACAUCCAAUGUAUACCGAGAUUAAGCGGGCACUGGAAGAUCUCCUGAACAGACUAAAGGCUCAUAAUGGGUACCUUCCCAAACUGGAUUCUGUGGUCUAUGAUUUGAGUGACGAUGAAAAGAAGCGUUUGCUAAUGACUCAUAGUGAGAAGCUAGCUCUGGUGUACGGAUUGAUAACUAUAGAUGGUGGCUGCACCAUUAAGAUCAUGAAGAACCUUAGAAUAUGUGAAGAUUGCCAUGUGGUCAUGUGUGGUGCAUCCAAAAUCACAGGGAGAGAGAUUAUUAUUAGAGAUAAUAUGAGAUUCCACCAUUUUUGUGACGGAAAAUGCUCUUGCGGUGACUUUUGGUGAUCUGAAAAAUGGAGUUUGGACCUUGGAAAGUGAGUUUAAAGCAAGCAUAAGAAUUGGUAAUCUUUGUAGCGUAUUUUCCCUCGCUAAGCAAAUGAUGAUUGUGGAAAGCAUGGUUCAAGAAAGCAUUGAUGCAUAUAAACAGGAGACAACUAUACAACGGAAUCCUGAGAUAUAACCAAUACAAGUUUUUAUGUACAUACUAUACUAAACAAGGCUGAAGCAUUGAUUGGAAAUUAACUCCAAGAAAACCUAUUGUGCACACCUUUGAUUCCGUAGUUCUAAUGGCCUUUGUGUGUCCAAUACUCCAUAAAGAAAAUAUCAUAUU